AACAUCCAAUCAUCAUCGCAGUAGGCUUUCAUUCGACUCACCACAGACAGUCACUGCGUCAAACCGAACGAGUGCAGUUGGUCGUAAUCCCGUGCUCCAGCAUCCGUAAACUGUUAAGCAGAAAAGAAAAGAAAAAAUGGCCGAUCACGUAGCGAACGAAGCAGUGGCCAACUCCCCCUCGGUACCAUCGCCCUCGAACGAACCGUCGGGUGAGUCCGAAGCAGCCCUACUGCACCAAAUAGCUGUCAUCGAAAAGCGCAUCAAGGAAAUCGAACUGGAGCAAUCGUCCACUGCGAAACCGAUUCCACCAAACAUUCAGGCGAAACUGUACGCCCUGCGCAAGAUUCAGCUGGAAAUUGUCGACAAGGAGGUAAAGUUUCACCUGAAGGCACACACGAUGGAGGUCGAAUAUCAGCCCGAGUUUAACGAAUGUCACCAGAGAAUUGCCCGUAUCGUGAACGGGCUCGAUGUGCCGGAUCUGGUAGAAUCACAGUCCGCCCCGAACGAUGCGGCCGAUCAAUCGAGCGGAAUACCGGAGUUUUGGUUGACCGUACUGAAAUCCAGCUUUCUUGACCAUAUGAUCCAGGAGGCGGAUGAACCGGCCCUAAAACAGCUGCAGGACAUACGUGUCCGGCUGGUGAAUGAACCGGAGCCCGGCUUUGAGCUACAGUUUCAGUUUGGUCCUAACGAUUACUUCACGAACGAGAUGCUGACCAAGAACUACUUCCUGCGCUGUGCACCGAACCCGGAUGCACCGGCCAAGUUUAACGGGUUCGAAAUCUACAACUGCAAGGGCUGUACGAUUGACUGGAAGCCGGAUCACAACCUGCUGCAGUCGCCGGGGAAUUCAUUCUUCGAUUUCUUCUACCCGGAAAAGUUAAGCAGUGCCGAUUACGAGACGGAGUUUAACGAAUCGAUAUUGGAGUGUGACUUCCAGUACGGGUACCACAUCAAGGAGACGAUCAUACCGCGUGCGGUGUUUCUGUUUCUGAAGGAAAACACCAUCGUUGGGGAAGAGGGACAAUAUGCGUGCUGCUGUGAUCGGUGCGUUUACAUUGACUGUCUCGAUGAUUUAGUGGGCCGUCGGUCCCUUAACGUGGAAGAUGAAGAUCAAGACGCGGAUGCUGAUGCUGAUGCUGAGGCGCAGGAAGAUACAACCUAAGGGUGUGGUGCCUCACUUCUAGAGCUAGAGUUAAAAAUUGUUCUGCAAUCUAAAGACAUUUUUUCUGGGAAAGUUGUGCGGAUAUGUAAAAUUGGAGAAGAGUAUCAAUGAAAUAUAUCUUUUAGCUAUUUAA